AUUAUAUUCUGAUUAACACAUAAGCAAACAAAAAUAUAAAAGAGAUUACUCCACAGGAUUUGUUAAUCAUUUUUUCAAACUUUUGCCAUUUAAAACUUUAAAUCUUCCCAAGAUAGAACUUUCGAUUGAGUGCAAUUAAAACUGAUAGAAAAAUAUGUGAGAUGAACAUGAGUGCAAGAUAAUUUAUCUACGAUAAGAAGUGAAUAAUGUGAUUUGUGUUGAAAUGUCGAUAAAAGUUAAUCUAUCUAAGCUUCUGCUGUACUUCAUAACCAUUUCCAUUGUCAUACGAGUUUCAACUGCUGCUGCUAUCAAAUGCGAUCGAAUACCCGAUGGCACUUUGGCAAGUCGAAGUUCUUCCGACGGUCGCUUUAAGUUGAGAAUCCUUGGGGAACCAGAUCGUUACAUUCCUGGUGAAAAUUACACGAUCAGUCUCGAGGGUAUUUUACGCGCUUCCCAUGGACUAACUCAUAAAUUUACGGGCUUCUACAUAACUGCCGAGCGAGACGAACAAGAUUCUGUUGCUACAAUAUCUUCAACGAAGUAUGAGGAUGACAGCUUCGCUGGUAAAUUUCAUAUCGUCAUGAACGCCAUAUCAAAGUUCUCCGAAAAAUGCCGCAAUUUGGUUACGCAUACGAACUCAUUUCCCAAGAGCGACGUGCCCAUAUCAUGGACGGCACCGAAAGCUGGAAGCGGUUGCAUAACGUUUAAAUCAACUGUGAUAGAGCAUAAAGACAUUUGGUACAUGGAUGAAGGGGCAUUAAGUAAAACAUUGUGUGAAAAUGAAGCAGGUACAGGGGAUUCUCAAACGAUGAUUCUUGAAGAGUGUAAAGCUUGUGAUGAAGCGAAAUACGAGUUGACGUUUGAAGGUCUUUGGUCACGUCACACUCAUCCAAAGGACUUUCCAUCCAACGGUUGGCUUACGAAGUUCAGCGAUGUAAUUGGAGCAUCACAUACGACAGAAUACCGCUUUUGGGUUUAUGGUGAACCUUCAAGUGAAGGCAUGAAGGAAGUUGCUGAACAUGGAUCAACGAGACAACUCGAAAGAGAAUUAAAGGAAGAGAGUGAACAUAUCAGAACAAUUAUUAAAGCUCGAGGCAUUUCAUAUCCGAACGUAACAGGAAAAACUUUUGCAGUGUUUCGAGUUGAUUCAAAGCAUCAUUUAGUGUCACUCGUUUCAAUGAUUUAUCCAUCGCCUGAUUGGUUUGUGGGUGUUAGUGGAUUAGAAUUAUGUUUGGCGAAUGGUUCGUGGAUCGAACAAAAAAUUUUGAACUUGUAUCCUUACGAUGCUGGUACUGACAGCGGUCCGACUUACAUUUCACCGGAUCAACCGACGAUACCAAAGGAAGCGAUAAGAAGAAUAAAACCAAAUCAACCGAAUGACCCACGUUCCCCCUUCCAUGAUCCAGACAAUAAGGAAAUGAAGCCAUUAGCUCGAUUGUAUUUAUCAAGACAGCGACUAUACGAAAAGAAUUGUGACGCUAUCGUGACUGACACACAAAAUGAUUGUGCGGUUGGUAAGUGGACCGAUUGGUCAAAGUGCGAUAAUCCGUGUGGUAAAGGAAGACGUUCCCGGCAACGAUAUUAUCUUAAUCCUCAAUUGGCUUAUCAGAAAGGCUGCAAAAAGAAGCUAACCGACCAUGAAGAAUGCCAUGGAACGAGAGAAAAUUGUGACGAUGAGCCAUUUGAAGAGGAUGAAAAUAUCAGAAGAAGCUUUGACCCCGAAUGCGCCCUAACUGCUUGGACCGCAUUUAGUGAAUGUUCGGCAGCUUGUGGAAAGGGUCAAAGGUCGAGAACAAGAAGAUACAAAAUAAGAAAAAAUCACAAAAAAUGCCAGAAGAAAAAUCCCAAAGAACUUGAACAAUUUUUGAACUGUGAAGGGAUGGAAUGUGCUGGAAAUAAAAAGCAUGAAAAAUUGACAAAGAAAAAGGUGAAUAGAGCAUGCAGAUUAAGUGAAUGGAGUCGUUGGAGUGCAUGCACUGCAACUUGUGGUUUAGGAGAACGAAUGCGACAUUUUGUCUACUGGAACCGAAAGUUGGCGCCUGCCGAACUCAAGCUGAGAAUCGUUGGUAUUUCAACAAAUACUCACAAGACUGUCAGAUCUUCCCUUACACAGGCUGUCAUGGCAACAAGAACAAUUUUGAGACACAAGAACUUUGUCAGCAAACGUGUGCUCUAUGCUAAAUUCUCCACCCUCCAUCUACAUCCACUCCCUUCACCCUCUUCGUAUGUUCAUUCGAUAGGAAAAAUUAACAACAGUUUGCAAUCCUACUCACUCGUCGAUUCUGAACGCUUGAAAUUGAAUGAGCGAGUGGAUUGCGAAGUUACCAAUUGGAAACGUUCAAUGUGCAAUGUCACAUGCAGCGACGGUUUCCGAUGGAAAUCCAGAGCGAUUAUUAAAUAUCCGCAAAAUGGUGGACAAGCUUGCCCCAAAAGGCUAUCACGACUUGAACGAUGUUAUGUCACUUGUCCCAAAGCGAUCGCACUAAGUUCAUCAACACCACUUAUCGAUUGUGCAUACUCAGAAUGGAGCUCUUGGUCACCAUGUAGUAAAACAUGUGGAGAUUCUUCACUUCAAAUUCGAACACGAUCCGUUUUAAAUCAACAACAAGAUAUUAGCGAGUGUGGAGAACGCUUAGAAAAGCGACAGUGUGAAGUGAUGCCAUGUUUAGUUGACAACGGAUAUGGAAUAUUUUACAAUCACCAACACUAAGUUAUAGUUUAUGGGUGAUGGGAAAAAAGAAAAGGAAAAUUAAUUCUGUCAAGUGUAUUAUUAGAAAGUUUCUGUUUAUGACAUUUGUAAAGAGAGAGAAGAAGAAAAAAAUCAUUCACAACAAUAAAUUGAGGUUUAAGAAAAAUUGUGAGAAGGGA